AUGGGUUCCGGUCUAUAUAACUGUGUCCACAAGCAGGACCUGCCGGAGGGGCUGAAGUACAAAGGAAUUUCUGAUCUCAAACACAAGUCAACUCUGACGCUGCUGGUGGCGAUCGCCCUCUGCGCCGUCGGGAAUGGGGGUGCCUUCGCCUUCUCCUUCGGGCGCCUCUUCCCCGCCUCCAGGAGUGGCAUCCGAGGGGCGCUCAUCAGAGGAUCCGGCGGCCAGAAGACGCCCUCGAACGUCCUGAAGGAGGCGGUGAAGGAGGCAUCUAGCGCGCAGAAGGUGACGACGAAGACGACGACGAUGAAGCCUCCUGUCGUCUCCGUGACCAAGAAGCCGUCUCUGCUUUCCUUCCUGCAGAAGCCCCUGGUCACGGCCGCCCCUCAGAAGCUGUCUCAACCCGUGACCAACUCUCCUAUCUUCUACAUCCGCCUGCCUCCGAAUCCCUACGUGUACGUCCCCGGCCUCGGCUACGUCUCCCCGAACAGCAACUCAUACAACUUCAUUCGUCCGGACGUCGAUUUCGUCAACAACGGCAAACCAUCGAGCAUCUACCACUUCAAACCUUCUUCCACCACGACUAUUCCUCCUACCACCACGACGACCACUACAACUACCACUACUCCAGCGCCCACUACGACCCCCGCGAAGACCGUACGACCUCUGCCUACCAAGAAACCGAGUCCAAUUACGUGGUUGUCUGGUCCCUGGUUCUUCAAUGGUCGUCCCUCGAACAUGUUUAUUUUCAACUCCCCCCACAACCCUGGCCACUUCGACAAGCUACACCAGACCUACAGCAAGCCAGGUGUCUACACUCAAUAGGUAGAUCCGACAGGUAGAUUCAAGGUAGAUGGAUAAAAAGGGGAAAAUGUAGGUAGAUUUGUAAUACCUGCAGAUAUUACGUUUUGAAAAGGACCUUUGGCAUUUCUUCCUCCGGUGAAAUUCUGUUCCUCGCGUGGAAUUUCUUUUAUGCAUAUAUACUCAAAGUGCGUUUAGUGUUUUAUUUAAGGGGUAGCUUAGGUAUACAGUCAGUUAAAUGGGGCAAAUUGCUUUAUUUCGUUAAUUUAUUUUUUGAACAUUUCCUGUUCAAAAUUCUGGGAUUAAUUUAGGUAUUUGCAGUUAUGCCACGGAAAAAAGUGUUUGCAACACAGGCUUUUGUGAUCUAAAUUGUCGUUAUAUAUAUUACAUAUACAUUAAGUACUAUAUAUACUCAUAUAUAGUAUACAACACACACGCACACACACACCCACAGUCACACACACACACACUCAACAGCUAUGAGCUAUGUUAUACAAAAGGCGAUAUCAUUCCCACAAAAAAUAUGUGUCACGGCGAUAUUCAAUAACAGCCUGUAAUAAGACUUAACCACAAAUCGUGUUGGCUACACUUGAGCUGCGGUGAUUUUGGCCAAACAGAAUAAUUGGCCGAGAAAAGUGAUUUCUAAGUCAGGAUUCGGAAGUGAUGACGUGAGUGUGCCAUGAUGCCUGUGACGUCACCAUCGUCCGAAUGUUUGGCAUGUGACGUCACAGCAUCGCCGGGGGUCCUGGUGGAAGCAAAGCGUCCGAACACAGUGAUGAAACACACACGCGAUUAAAACGAAAUCAAUAAUAAUGAUAAUAAAUAUGUUGAAUUUUUGUUUGGGUCUUUUGUAAGUGUUCUGAUUUGAAUAAGUAAAGUAAUACGUAUUGAUGCAAGGAACUGUGUGGACAUCACUUGUUUUCGGAUCAGUUUUAUUAAAGAAAAAAAUAUAUUAUUACUGUCUAACGUCCUAUAUUGUCAUUCGCAAUGUGUGGCAGGUUUGGAUAAGGAAAAAAAAAACCAGCUUUAUUUACUUCCAAUUAUUGUUCGUUUGCUUUUAUUUCCAUGGUUUCUUGUUUUCUAUAUAUUUAAAAAAAAAUCUACUGUCCAUUUCCUUGAGCUACAGUGUCAAUCUCUCCUUAAAAGUCAUCCAGCACAAUGGAAGAUUAUUAAAGGCAGAAAAAAAUGAUAGGCAAACAGGACAUUAGUUUUUUUUUUCAGUUAAUUUAUAUUAAUAAUUUUGUUAUUGUUGUUAUUGUCGUUUUUUUUUUUUUUUAAUUGGUGCAAUUUCUUAUAUAUUUUUUGCAAAAUGUUCACGUUUUGUAAAGGAAAAUGUUAAAUUAAGUAUCCUUACUUACCUGCCACAGCGACAGAUGAGAAUAUUAAUAUUUAUGAAAAAUGUGUCAGUAGUCUAUAGCCAUUUGUAUAUAUAUGUUGUGUUUUAUUGUUACAUGUAGUCCAUUAGCGCUUCGGAUAAGUGAAAAAAUUAUUUUGUUACAUAUCUAAAUGAUAUAUGUACUUUCUGCGGGAUCAGAUUUUGUUAUAGUGUUUUGCAAUAAAUAAAAAAUAAUUGAUGAA